AUGGAAGAAAGAAGAAAAAGUAUAAAAAAGAAUAAUAGGUCGAUGAAAGAAGAGGGAAAAAGAAAAACAGAAACGAAGCGAUACAUAAAUAUGAAAGAUGAUAACAAGAAAUUAAAAACAUGGAUAUGGAUAUGGACAGGUGCAACUGUUGCUUCACUUGUCGUUCUACUGAUAAUUUUCUACUGCUUGAAAAAGAGACUCUAUUGGAAGAAAAAAACAGAAGAAUCUGAAAGGAUUGAAGCCUUCCUCAUAAAUUAUGGACCUAUGGCGGUAAAUAGAUACAAAUACAAACAAGUCAAGAAAAUGACAGAGUCCUUCAAAGAAAAACUAGGCCAAGGGGGUUAUGGAUGUGUUUUUAAAGGAAAGUUACUUGAUGGUCGCCAUGUCGCCGUAAAAAUCUUGAAGGAGUCAAAAAGCAACGGAGAAGAAUUUAUCAAUGAAGUUGCAAGCAUUGGAAGGACUUCUCAUAUCAACAAUGUUACUCUUUUGGGGUUCUGCUUUGAAGGUUCUAAACGAGCUCUCAUAUACGAGUUCAUGUCAAAUGGAUCUCUUGAAAAGCAUAUAUUCAAAAAUAAUUCAUCGACAAAUAAUCGUGAAUUUGGAUGGGAGAAGCUAUACGAGAUCACUCUAGGCAUCGCGCGUGGGUUAGAAUACUUGCAUCGAGGUUGUAAUACAAGGAUACUACAUUUGGACAUAAAACCGCAUAACAUACUUCUUGAUGAACAAUUUUGUCCUAAAAUUUCUGAUUUUGGGUUAGCUAAGACAUGCCCCGGAAGAGAAAGUAUCAUAUCGAUGACGGGUAUGAGAGGAACAAUUGGAUACAUAGCACCAGAAAUAUUUUGCAGAAAUUUUGGUGGAAUAUCUUAUAAAUCUGAUGUUUAUAGCUACGGAAUGUUGGUGGUGGAAAUGGUUGGAGCAAGAAAAAACAUUUGCAUUGGAGUUGAUCAUAAGAGCAGUGAGAUAUAUUUUCCAGAUUGGAUAUACAAGCAUCUAGAAUUCGAUGAGGAAUUUAAAUUAAGCGGUAUUGAAAAUGAAGAAGAUAAGAAAAUAGCAAAAAAACUGAUUUUAGUGAGUUUGUGGUGCAUACAAACCAAUCCUUUAAAGCGGCCGCCAAUGGAUAGAGUUGUAGAUAUGUUGGUCGGAAGUGUUGAAUCCUUGGCAAUCCCGCCUAUGCCUUCCAUCUCAGGAUCCCCUACCGAGCAGAAUUAA